CAGACAUGGUCAUGUCUGCUAUUGCCUGCUAGACACUGAAGCAUGGAGGGGGCCUUUGUCACAGUUCAGAAGAUCUACUACCCAUUACUAUGCAUAUUGGGUAUACCAGCCAACCUGUUCACAUUCUACAUGAUCUGCUUCCGUAAGUGUGGGAUGUCCAACACAGCUGUCAUCUACCUGAGCUGCUUGGCCAUCGUAGACGCCUUCUACCUGGUGUGGGUGAACCUGGUGGACCUUACGCUAACCUUCUGGCAGUUGCAGCCCUUCUGGAACUCUUACCCUUGGUGCAACAUCCUCACUUUCCUGCAGUACAGCUCCCUCACCUGCUCCUCCUGGAUCGUGGUGGUGUUCACCAUCGAGCGUCACCUGGUCCUUAGCAGCACCACGGCCAAGCGGCACUUCUCCCAGGCCCGCGUGACCCGGCUCACCUGCGUGGCCAUCAUCCUCUUCUCCGCCCUGGCUUCUGUCCCCAUGAGCUGGAUCAACGAGGUGUCCACCGUGAACGUCACGGUGAAGGGGGAGCAGGUGGAGCUGCCCAGGUGUGUCUACAGGGAUGCCACGUACACCACCGUGCUGGUGUGGAUCACCACCUUCCUGUCCGGAGGGGUUCCCAUCGUCCUGGUCAUCCUCUUCAACUCCCUGAUCGCCUGUCACCUGAGCCGCGCCAGCCAGCUGUUCACGGAGGUGGAGAGCAGGGCCAUGAGGGGGCGGAGCACCAGGUGCAUGGUGAGGAGAACCAUCCUGCUGCUGGGUACAGUGUCCGUCACCUUCGUGGUGCUCAUCCUGCCGCGCUUCGUCACCUACUGCAUCCUGCGCACCAAGUACAACCACAAGGGCUUUGACAGGAACGACUACGGGAUGAUCAUCAACGUGGUCAGCGACGUGGCCAACAUGCUGCAGAACCUCAACUCCGCCACCAACUUCCUCCUCUACUGCGUGGUGAGCCGAGGGUUCCGCCGGGAGCUGAUCCACGUGCUCACCUGCACGGUCAGAACCCGAGAGCUAGGAUCUUUCUUCACCCACACCACCAUGAAGGUCUUCUCUGUGCACCACAAGCAGCCUCCGGCCCCGGAUCCUGUCGCUGUGGUUCUGACGCACCUCAAGCACACCCAGUAGACAUGAGGGAGAUGGAAUGUUGGACUGGGAUGCAUUCGCUGAAGGCUACUGGACUUUUGAAAUAACAUUCCAUUUAUUUAGAAUGAUAGAAACCUUUUUUUCGAGGGAGUGUAACUUAUUUAAAAAAUGCCACCGUAUGCUUGAAUAGUAGUCAGUAGCAUAAAUGCAUUGUUUUUACACAAAAAACAAUGCAUUUUUGCUUCCAAAAAAUGGGAAUGUAGCCUGAUUCUAUUCUAACUCUUCUUACAUGUUUUAUACAAGUUUUACAUACUCUUUACAAGUUUUACACCAUAUCUAUAUUUAUUAUUUGCUCUAAGUUCCCUUUUUACAG